AUUAUGCAGCAGGAAGUCAGGCCCUUGGUGGCCGUGGAUCUAAUAGAGCAACUUCACAGGCAGUUUGCCAUUCUCUCAGGAGGCCGAGGCAAGGACGGUGCCCCCAUCAUCACUUUCCCAGAGUUUGCAGGGUUCAGACACAUCCCAGAGGAGGACUUCCUGAAUGUCGUGACCUACCUGACCAGCAUCCCCAGUGUGGAGGCUUCCAGCAUUGGAUUCGUCAUCGUCAUCGACAGACGUAGGGACAAGUGGAGCUCCGUAAAGGCAUCGUUGAUGCGAAUCGCUGUGGCAUUUCCGGGAAACCUGCAGCUGGUGUUCAUCCUCCGUCCAUCUCGCUUUCUCCAGAGGACUUUCACUGAUGUCGGCCUUAAAUACUACCGAGAUGAAUUUAAGAUGAAAGUUCCGAGCCUGGGAAGCUCAAGAUCAAGGUGCUGGCAGGUUUAGCGUCUGACGAGGGGCCUGGUCUCGCCUCCUGAGGUGGUGCCCUGUUGCUGGAUCCCACAAGGGGACACAUGCGGUGUCCUCACAGCACAGAAGAGUGAACCCAGCUCUCGCCGGCCCGUUCGUGAGAGCUAACCCCAGCCGUGAGGGAGGAGCCCUCGUGACCCAGCCACCUCCCAGAAACCCACCUUCCAACCGCAUCACCCCGGUGACUAGGUUUCAGUGUGUGAAUGUCAGCGGGCCACGUAUGUUUAACCUGCAGCAUGUAUUUUAAUGUAUGUGUGUAUUUGGAGUCAUGUUAAUGGAUUUUACGUAUACAUGUAUCGUGAUGUAUAUGUAUUCUUAUACGUGUGUUUGAAAUAAACACAAAUAUUCAUUUUGAGGUAAAAAUGAAUGA